AUGGCCUCGCUUGAAUUUAUAGCCAGCAUAGGCCUUCUUUUUUUCCUCUUCCUUGUGGGUCAGGAGCUUGAUCUCUACUCCAUUCCCCAGAGCGGUCGAAAAGCAUUUUGCAUCACCGCCGUCGAGAUCUCUCUUCCUUUCAUAUGCGGCAUUGACGUCGCCGUCAUCCUUUGCAAAAUCGUGGAUGGCGUCGACAAAGCCGGAUUCCCGCAGUUCCUCAUCUUCAUGGGAGUCUCCCUUUCCAUCACCGCAUUCCCUGUGCUCGCGCGAAUCCUAGUGAAGCUCAAGCUCCUCACCAUGCGCGUGGGAGAGACCACCAUUGUCGCGACGGCGUUCAAUGACGUUGCCGCGUGGAUCCUACUUGCCCUUGCCGUAGUCCUCACGGGAGACGGCGGAGGACACAAAAGCCCCCUCGUGUUCGUCUAG